AAAUACAUUGGCUCAAACAUCUCCCCCAACCUACGAACCUAUCAAGUGUACUUGAAAAUUUGAAAAAUUUGCAAGCCACUGGGGAGCUAGUAACUGGGUAUAAUACUGAAGAAUAAUUUGGAUGAGAAAGCGCGCGGGCAAGUUGAUCUUGACUUAUUAGGGUUUCGAUUUCAUUGAUCAGUCCCUCAUACUGAGCUCUCUGAACAGAGUCCGACUGGAGAAACACUUGUUCUCAAUGGCGGAUACUCUGAAUACGAACAACCAAGCUCUAACCGCCACUAAGACCGUAGACGCUUCACUCUGGUGGGACUCAUUUUCCAUCUUGCUCACAGAACUCGAAAAUGUUUCUUCCUCCUCCGAUACUACCUCUUCUCUGGAAACAAAGCUGAAGGAAAAUCACAAGUGGUUCCUUGAUACAAAAUCACUAUUUAAAUCCCCGAAUCAGAAAUCUAGAGAGGCCUUGGAUGCCGGCGUUGUAAGCAUUGGUUCCAGACAGAUUAGAACAAGUCCAGAACUCAAAGAGACAGCUCUAAAGAUAAGUUAUAUUCUGUGUUUGGAUGAAGUGCAAUCAUACAUCCUUGUUGAAAGAACACUCAAGCAGAAUUCUUUAGCCAGACAUGCAAAGAUCCACGAGCUACCUCAUUUGGUAAUUCUUCACUACUACAUUGAGCGGCAGUGUUUAUUGAAGUGCACAAGACAGAUCCUUACACUUUCUUUAUAUUUUGAAACAAAACCUAAAGAAAGAUCUGGUAUUGUGGACGCGGCACAUAAGUUAAUAUCUGAUGGACUAGAGACUAAAGCGAUAUUUACUCUAGAGGACAAUCUGAUGUUGAACUUCCCAGAGUCGAUGGAAAUUGAUUUCUACACUUUAUGGGCUGAAGAGAUACUUACCGAGAAUAAUCUGAUCUUGGACAUCCUUUUUCUUAUAUUUUAUGAGUUCUGCACGUGCAAUGGCAAGCAAUGGAUGAAAUUAUGUUUGCUUUAUGAGGGUAUAAUUCUGGGUUCCUAUAAUUUUGGGAGGUUAGCUAUAUCAGCAGAAUCAUUAUCUUCAAUUAGUCAUUCCAAAGUACAGUUGCUGCUUAUUCUCAUAGAAACUUUGAACCUGGAAAAUCUUCUUCAAAUGGUUCAUGAUGAAAUUUCAUUCAGGGAGGGGUUUGCUGCAUUUUCUUUAAAUGAUGUUCUAGAAAUUGAUAACGUUAUAUCUAAUCUCAAUGCUUUUGAAAAGAAAGAAGCUGGUCCAUUGAUUCUAGCAUGGGCAGUAUUUCUUUGUCUUGUUUCCUCACUUCCAGAAAAGGAGGGAAAUAAUGUACUGAUGGAGAUCGACCAUAUUGGUUAUGUUCGUCAAGCUUUUGAAGCUGCAGCUUUGAGUUAUCUCCUUGAAAUCCUGGAAAGGGAUAUACAGAAGCAUUCAGAUGGUCCCAUUGCUGGGUUGCGAAGUGUUCUAAGAACGUUCAUAUCAUCAUUCAUUGCUUCUUAUGAGAUCAAUCUUCAGAUUGAAGACAAUAACUUGCAACUUAUAUUGGAAAUCAUAUGCAAGAUUUAUCAAGGAGAGGAGUCGCUCUGUAUCCAGUUUUGGGAUAAGGAUAGCUUUGUUGAUGGUCCUAUUCGGUGUCUUCUAUGCAAUUUGGAGGGUGAAUUUCCUUUUAAGACUGGUCAACUGCUGCGGCUGUUAUCAGCGCUUUCUGAAGGAUCUUGGCCUUCAGAAUGUGUGUUUAACUUUCUUGACAAGUCUACUGGAUUAUCAUCUCUUUUUGAGAUAACUCACGGCUCACUCAUGGAUGCGACUUCACAGAGUGUUAAGACAAUUCACCCAUUGUAUGUUUCUGGUGUUGAAGGUUUGAUCAUUCCUAGUGGAACACGUGGUCAUGUUUUGAAAAUGGUUGAUAGGAGUACUGGUCUUGUGAGAUGGGAGUAUACACAAUCUGGGCUGCUUGUGCUUCUUUUACGUUUGGCUAAAGGGACAAACUUGGAUGAUUCUGAUGAAGUCUUUGCGAUUCUUGACUUACUUAGUCGAAUGGUCUCCUUCAGUGUGGCUGUUUGUUAUGCUCUCAUGGACUUCGGCAGAUCUUUGUCCAAUGGACAAUGUUCAUCAAAUGCGCAGUUGGAGGGAAAUUUAUGCUAUGAUGUGGCGGAGAUCAUUUGUGCUUUAAUCAAGAGUUUGCCUGCUAAUUCUACUGCUGCUGCUUUGAUGUCCAUGAGUGUUGAUAUUUUGACAAAAAUGCUAAAAUGCUCACCAUAUCGAGUCACGAAAAUGGCAGAAAAGACUAAUAUAUUCGAUGUAGCUUUUAAAACAAAUCCAUUUGAAGUUGGAUCGUGCGGAUUGUCAAGUGGAUCGUGGCUACUUUCUGGACGACUUGCCAAAAUGCUUUUGAUUGACUGUGAGCAAAAUGACUGUCAGUUGACCCUGUCAGUUCUUAACUUCACUGCAGAGCUUGUUCAAACUGGAGCAGAAAAUGAUAUUGUUCUUGCUCUUGUCAUUUUCUCCAUUCAGUAUGUCCUUGUCAAUCACGAGUUUUGGAAGUAUAAGGUGAAGCAUGCUCGCUGGAAGGUGUCGCUGAAGGCACUGGAGGUUAUAAAGCAUAGCAUCAAGUCUAUAUCUCAGGGUCAAAUGCAUGGUGGGGUGAUCAGGGACAUUUUGCUGUAUGAUUCUUCAAUUCACAGUGUGCUCUUUCGUCUUGUCUGUACAACAGCAGAGGGCUUAGAGAAACUCUAUGUGAGUCGGCUUUACGAGCUGGUGGAUAUUGAAGGACUACAGAACUCAAUAGUGUUCACUUUGGAUAUCUUAUCGGGUUUGUUGGCCAUUCAUGCACAUGAUUUGCCUAGUCGUCCACUGCUUCUACAAGCAAUUAUGUCUCCUGCAACAAAACCUGUUCCUGUGAUUACAGCAGUGAUAUCCUUUAUGUCGUUCUUCACGAAUCAUAAGAUACAACUCGCUGCAGCUAGGCUGCUCUCUGUGUUAUUCCUUGCUGGAGAUGAUUCAAACUCUUGUGCGUUCGGCAAUGCAUAUUUUGGUCUUGAUGAAAUGCAGAUUCAUAAUUUUAAGAAUGCCAUUUGUAGCAUUCUUUGUGAACAGACUGAUGCAAAUGAUGAUAUAAUAGUUGCUACAUUCAAGAUGCUAACGUCUGCUGCAACAAAUCAAGCAUCAUUUCUUUCCGCUGUGAUUGCCCCCGAAGAGAAUGCGAAUUCGCAAGCAUACGUUACUGACAAAAAUCAAGCAUGUCAGUACCUAUUACGGUCCAAGGAUGCAAAUGUAUUGGAUACUAUUUCUCUAUAUGUAAAGAAAUCUGCAGAACUAAUGGAAAACAACCCCAAAGUACUUUAUAAUUUGCUGAACUUCCUGAAGGCACUGUGGCAAGGAGCGGCUCACUACAAAAAUAUUUUGAAGCAGUUAAUAGCCUCAGAAUUCUGGAGACAAAUGUCUAAUUCUCUCAUGCAAAUUAAAGAUUCUGAAGAUGUAUUAGAAGUUCACCCUUGUGACGCAGCUUAUAGAAACAAAUGCCGAUCCAGUGUAAUGGACUUGAUGGCUCAUGAGAUGCUCCUACUAAUAAAGUCAUUAAAUGCUGACUUGCAUGUGAAGCAGACUUCUCCAUGGCUACAGGACGGUGCAGAUAAAACAAUUAGUUCUUCAUCAAUAGAUAAAAGCGAAAAUAGUAUAGUAGAUAUUCUUAUGACAUGGUUCACAAGCUCGUCAUUAGAAAUACUGAUCAAGUUCAUUGUUGCUGUUGAGUAUGAUGAUCACACUAAUAUAAAUGGGAAGAUUGCCGCUAGCUUGCUUGCUGUGCAUUUGAUGGCUAAAGUCAGAAAGGGUGAUACUGGGAGUUUGUCUGUUUCACUCAUUGAUAAGAUCUCUAUCCUGUCUCAAAAGUUGAGCAAGCUGCCUGCAUUUUGUGAGCUUAUGUCAUAUUAUGGAGAUCGUGGUUACAGUGGAGGUGAAGAAUUACACAGUUUGAUUCUCAAUGAUCUCUUCUAUCACCUACAAGGAGAGCUUGAUGGCAGAGAAAUCAGCCAUAAACCAUAUAAAGAACUAUCACAGUUUUUACUAGGGUCUAAGUUUUUGCAAACCUAUCGACGUGAGGGGGAUGAUGGAUUUCUUCCUCAAGCCAAGGGCGCCUACUUGUUUGACGUUGACCAUCUUGAAACAGCAAUGGGGAUAGAUUUCUGGAACUUUUCUGGUUGGGAAUCAUCUAAACCAAUUGCUGAAGUCUUGCUGGUGUGGUUGCAGAAGGUCAAUUCCAUGACAUUGGUGAUUAGAUCCAAACUUCUUUCUGUAAAACCUUUGAUAAUUCUGCUCUCUAUGUUUGAUGAUAAAUUGAUUCAGCUUGGAUCUGCAAAUGGUGGAAAGAUUCCUGAGCAACCUAUAUUGUCAAGCAUCAGCUACACAUGUCAAUGCCUGCAAGCCACAGUAGACACCCUAGCUUCGGUUGGUGAUGCCAUUAGUGAUACAUUUGAUAUCCUUGCAGCUCAAACGGAGUUGCUCUUCCAUCUUGUCAGUUCAAUGAAAAGAAGUCUGUCUUUACCUACUUUCUUGCUGAUACUAAAAACAUCAGGUCAUGGCCUUAAAGUGUUAAGUUCUAGGCCAUCUGAUACCAGUUUUGCAACAACAACAAAGGAACUGCUUAUGUUGAUUCUUUACUCGGUCAAAUCCCUUUGCAACAAGUUGGAAUGCAGUUCUCUUACUGAAACUGGUAAUGGAUCUGGUGAAGCGUUAUCAGAGGCUGCAAAUGUCAGCUUGGGACUGUUACCCAUUCUAUGCAACUACAUCGGAGUUGCUGAUUAUUGCACCCUCUGCCUGACUACUAUUGAUGUAGUAGUUAAAAGUUUCUCGACAUCUGCUACAUGGUUCCCUAUUAUCAAGAAUCAUCUCCAACUGCAACAUAUUGUCCAUAAACUUCUAGACAGGAACUCCUGUGCAGAUGUACAUAUUAUAUUGAAGUUUCUUUUAACAAUUGCAUGUGCCAGAGAAGGAGCAGAGAUGCUAAUGAGUGCUGGAGUUUUUGCAUAUUUACGGGAGUUACUGGCUGACUUUGCUGAUGGUGGACCAUAUUCAGUGGUUCAGAACCAGAGGGCUCUUUCAGACACAUUUAAGAACAAUGAAAAACCUCAGUCCAUAUGGGGACUGGGUCUGGCAGUUGCUACAACUAUUAUUCACUCUCUGGGAGAAAGUUCAGGUGUUGUCGAUUAUGUGAUGGCUUACCUGAUCGUGGAGAAAGCAAAUACAAUUUAUUAUUUUCUUCGUGCUCCUGAUUUUUCUUGUGAUGAUCCUGAGAAUAAAAAAGCGGCUGCCAUCAAAACAUGUACUUCAUUGUAUGCUCUUAGGGAGACAGAGAAUAUACUGACUCUAAUAUGUGUGCUAGCUAGGUAUCAAAACUCAUGGAAUAAGGUUAUGAAAGACAUGGAGUCAGAGUUGCGUGAGAGAUGUAUCCAUCUACUGGCUUUCAUUAGCAGGGGAACACUUCACCACGGGGAAGCACCUACAAAAAGUGCCUCAUUGUUGUGCCAUCCAUCCCUUAGGGACGAGAUUGAGUGGCAAAAGAUGCCAUCAUUUAUCAAUAGCAGAAAGGGUUGGUUUGCUCUAUCAUCUCUUGGUUGUGACCUCGGCCCAGAUUUUUCUUCAAGGAUGGUGACAAGUAUCGUGGACAAAGGUCAAUCAAAUGGAGUUGUUACUCUGGAUCCCCAGACACAUUUUUCUGAUGUUGUGGCUGUUCAGAUCUACCGUAUCACUUUUCUUAAUCUGAAGUUCUUAUGUAUACAAGCCGAGGGAGCUGCUGGAAGGGCACAAGACAUAGGUUAUGUUGAUCUUGCUCAUUUUCCAGAGUUACCGAUGCCUGAUAUCCUACAUGGCUUGCAGAACCAGGGCAUAUCUAUUGUUGCUGAAGUAUGUGAAGCCAACAAGUUGAAGCAGGUUAGCUCAGAGGUGCAGGGUGUCUGUGUCUUGCUGUUACUAAUAACAAUAAUGGCAUUGUACCUGGAAUUUUGUGUGAUCCAAAUAUGUGGAAUGAGACCUGUCUUAGGACACGUGGAGGACUUCUCCAAGGAAAUAAAAUUGUUAAUAAGAGCAACGGAGGGGCAUGUGUUUCUGAAAGAGCAUAUGAAGUCCUUAAAACAGAUAAUCACUUUUGUAUAUCCCGAUUUGCUGCAAAUGGAAGACUUGCGUUGACUUUUUUUGUAGAUAUGUUGAUUAGUCAAGCACAGCUAAUUCUCUGUUACUUUUGUAUUGCUUCUGUUGUAUUAUUCAGCUUCCAUUGAGAGAAUGACGGAAGAGUGCAACUUUUUGGAAAACCAUUCCAAAAAGUGUAAAAAAAUAGUACAUGACAACAUGUUGUGGGACCCUCAACAAAAUAAAUCUCUUAAAUUUUACGAUCUUU